AUGUCAAGCCCCGAAUAUGCAUUGUUCAAACAAGUUGCACACAUCUUCUCUACAAGACAGAUCAAAAACGAAGUACUCGAAAUUGAGAUCCUACAGCCCGCGCUCGCACUCAGUUGCGGCUCUCUCGUACAAGAUGGACGCUCGAUAGGCAUCACCAAGAAGGCACUAGUGCAAGCGUUCACUGUCGCUAGGCGGAUAUUCUUCGACAAGCUUAUUUUGAUGUCAGAUAGGGACAUUGUCUCAGAAUAUUUCCUCGAGACUCAAAAGGAUACUAUUUCUCUGGAUGGUGAACACGGGGAGGUGGAUUUUCCCAUCUCGGUCGUUUCUGAGAUCAUUCUGCUCUUUGACUGUGAGCAUCUCACGGCAUGCAAUUGGAGGAAGAGGCGGUUAGCAUCUCUGAUUCGGAGCAUUGAUUCAGCGAGUGUGGACAAUGCAGAGCGCGACAGGGUUGCGAGACUGCUCAGGACCGAACUUACACUUCUGGCAACAUUCCUUUGUUCUCCACUGCAACGACACACGAAAUCCCCGACUCUGUGGUACCAUCGUCUGUGGGUGUUUACGCAGUUUAUCCGAGUUAGGAAGUGGGCCUCGAUACAUUCCGUUGUGUCAGGAAAUGCUCUAAGCUCUGAAGAUAUCCAAGAGCUCCUCCAAUCUGAAUUGUCCGUUGUCCUGCGGGCAGGGGAACUGCAUCCGAGAAAUUAUUAUGCAUUCUCGUAUAUGAGGCAGCUUCAUGGUAUUCUUUCCGGUGCCAUCGAGGAACCUGGGGACAUUUCGGCCCAGUUAGCUCGAUCAGCCCUCAAUCUGAUGCUGGACUGGUGUCUUGCCCAUCCACGGGAUAUCUCAGGCUGGAUGUUUGCACUUUGGCUUUUAGAAGCCAUUCCAGAUCAGGGCGUCCGUACCGAUAGCAUUAACAGUGUGGUCCGAUUUGCUCUCGAUGUUGGUUGGCAAGAUGAGAGUCUCUGGACGUUUGUUGACCUGGGUGCGAGGAGCUUUGGUUUGGUGAAGACCAUCGAAGAUACUCUGCUAAACAAAGGGUCGGGGUCUGUUGGUCUCAGCACACAACAUAGAACCAUCAACAGCGUUUGCCUGUCGGAGGAGCCAUGGAAGGCAUGGCUGGCCAGAGCAAAGGCCUUUUGGGCCGCUGGCGAUAGAGUAGGCACGGGUGCAGUCAAAUAA